UUGGACUUUCUCUUUAAUGUUGAUUGUAAUUCAAACUGUUUUCAGUUCAGAUAGUUCAGACUCUUCAGAUCGAGCGGUUUAAACUUUGGACCACAAAAUGAUUAAUUCUGGAAAAUUAGCAGGACGCACACUGUUCAUUACGGGAGCAUCCAGGGGAAUUGGCAAGGCAAUCGCGCUGAAGGCAGCUCGCGACGGUGCCAACAUUGUGGUUGCCGCUAAGACAGCAGAUCCGCAUCCCAAGCUGCCGGGCACAAUUUACACAGCCGCCGAGGAGAUCGAAAAGGCUGGCGGACGGGCGCAUCCUUGCAUUGUGGAUGUUCGUGACGAGCAGCAGGUACGAACAGCCAUUCAGGAGGCAGUGGCCAAAUUUGGUGGCAUCGAUAUUGUUGUGAACAAUGCGAGUGCCAUUUCACUGACCACAACACCCGACACCGACAUGAAGCGCUACGACCUAAUGCAUCAGGUCAAUACGCGCGGCACAUUCCUGGUCUCCAAGGAGUGCCUUCCCUAUUUGGAGAAGAGCAACCACGCUCACAUUUUGAACAUUUCGCCACCGCUCAGCAUGAAGGCAAAAUGGUUUGCUCCGCACGUGGCUUACACUAUGGCCAAGUACGGCAUGUCCAUGUGCGUGCUGGGCAUGGCGGCGGAGUUCCGGGAUCGCGGCAUUGCCGUGAAUGCCCUUUGGCCGCGCACUGCCAUCCACACCGCUGCAAUUGAGAUGCUGACUGGCCCCGAUAGUGCCAGCUGGUCACGUAAACCGGAGAUCAUGGCCGAUGCGGCCUAUGCUAUACUAACCAGAGAGCCCAAACAGUUCACCGGCGAGUUCUUCGUUGACGAUGAGGUGCUAGAAUCUGUGGGCAUUAAGGAUCUCACCGACUACGCCUGCGUACGCGAAAAUGCCGACAAGCUGAUGGAUGACUUCUUUUUGGAGCCCAAGAAUGCGCCUGCCGACGGUGCAGCGGCGCCUGCAGCUGACUCUGGCGAUGAUAAAAUACCGCAGCUCUUUAAGAAAAUCGAAUCUUUGCUUUCAGCUGAGAUCGUCUCCAAGACGCAGGCCGUCUUCCAGUUCAACAUCAGCGGUGCCAAGCAGGGCACCUGGUUUCUGGACUUGAAAAAUGGCACUGGCGCCUGCGGCACUGGCGCCCCACCAGCUACUCCAGACGCUACGCUCACCAUGAAUUCGAACAACUUCUUUGACAUGUUCUCUGGCAAACUAAAGGCUGCACCAGCAUACAUGUCCGGAAAGUUAAAGAUAAGCGGUGAUUUUCAAAAGGCUCUCAAGCUGGAGAAGCUAAUGAAGGCACUCAAGUCUAAGUUGUAGAUCAUAUAUGAAAUCAUUUAUGAAAAGCAAACUCUAUAAUAAUAAAGACUCCAUACUAUUAAAUACAAUCAAUCAAACAUAACUCUAGUUCCGGUAACUAUAUUAUUUAGUUUUAGGCGAUUCUUUGGGGUAGCAAUUUCUUGUUUUUAUUAUAAUUAAAAUUACUUUUACCUAAAAAAUUAAAGCGCAUUAGGUAAACACGAAAAAAAUACUAAGCUGAAAUAAAUAAAAACCCGUACCUAUUUACGUGGCCACUACCGUAGAUAGUAAGAUUGUAUGUGUAUUGUCUUGUCUGUGUGCCACAUUGUUGAGCAAUGACUGAACAAAAUUUCAGUGCAGAGCAAAACAUCUGCGGCUACCGGCGCAUACCUUUCGCAGGGUUAAAUAUAAAAGAAGUUAAAACUAAUUCAAAUAGGCAUUUGUGUUGCUAACAAAAGAAAAACAUUAUCUCACUAAUAUGGAUAAUGGCGAAGUUACACGAAUUUCCCCACUAUUGAAAGAUAUUAAUCUCUUGCUGAAAGAUAAAGCAGCCAAAGAACAAAUACGGAAUUACACUAAAAAACGCGAAUUGGGCAAUAACAGUCCAUUGUUGAACAAAAUGGAUCUUUAUGAACGAUAUGAAACGUUGCUGCAGGAGAAGGAAAAACCCCUAACGAAAGAUGAAUUCGAUGACUUGUCCAAUAUGGGCAUUCCCAAUAAUAUAAGGCCAGAGCUUAAGGCAUCUCUUGGUGGCAAUCGAUCUAUCUCUAACAAAAUUAUCAAAAAAAUGCAAGAGGACUGUGCCAACGAGAUCUCGCUACUUCCUCAGCUAAAAGAGUUCAGUGAACAUGUUGCGGGACGAAUUAAGCAUUAGUAUUAAGUAUAUCUAUCAAUCAAUAAAUCUUGAUUUGUUGACGCCAUUA